AUGUUUCCAGUGGGUCUCCUGGUCCUGCUGCUGCUCUCCUGCAGCUGGGCAAAUGAGAUCCAAAGCACCCAAGAAGAAGAGGAUCUUUCUGUCUCUGUCCUACUUGAGAAAGCAAACAGGAACAUAGUGCGUGGCCCCGAUGAGCCGAUUGUUGAGGGGGACAUCGCCGUCGUCUCUGAGAAAAACGCAGACCCCUGCACGGCUCGCGGCUGCAAGUGGCCGAAAUACUCUGACGGGAACGUUUAUGUGCCCUACGUCAUCGCCAACCACUACUCAUCCCGCGAGUUAUCCAUCAUUGAGCGUGGACUGCAGUCCUUCGCCUCCUCCACCUGCAUCCGCUUCAGGCGUCGCACCAAUGAGAGAGACUACGUGCACAUCCAGUCCGGCAAUGGGUGUUACUCCUACGUGGGCCGCACUGGUGGAGGUCAGGUGGUGUCCCUGAGCCGCCAGGGCUGCAUCUAUCACGGCACGGUCCAGCACGAGCUCCUGCAUGCACUGGGGUUCAACCACGAGCAGACCCGCAGUGACCGUGACAACCACAUCCGUGUCCUGCUGCAGAACGUCAUCUCUGGAAUGGAACACAAUUUCAAUAAAAUCAACACUAACAACCAGGGAACCCCAUAUGACUACAACUCUGUCAUGCAAUAUCACAGGUAUGCCUUCUCAAAGAAUAACCAGCCCACCAUGAUACCCAUCCCGAACAGCAAUGUGGAAAUUGGGAAAGCCACCGCGAUGAGCCGCAAUGACAUCCUAAGGGUUAACAAGCUGUACCAGUGCAGUGGAUACUACUGAUCCAAGAGCUCUGGAAUUGCCAAUGAGAAGCAAUGAGAAGAAGAAGCCUAACACUCAAGACUUUUUGAUUUCAUUUUGCUUGCUUUAACAACAAUGUUCUGUAGGCUUAAAUGCCACAGUGGCACAUAAUCUUCAAUA